UCAUCAAUCCUCAUUAAUCAUCAUCAAUCAUGCGGCAUCUUCAAUCCCAUUUUCAAUCACAACAAAGAACACACUAAUUGAGACUUGAAUCCUGAAUCUCUUGGACCAUGUCGCAAGCAGCUGUCGCCCGUAGCGGGAAUUACAAGUUGCCGGAUCUGAGCUAUACACCGGGCGAUUUAACGGAGCCGGAGUACCGAUUGCCAACACACCAGCAGCUGCUGGAGGAGAAGAAUCGCGCGCCGCAGCAUGACCUGGAACGGGAGCUGCUGCCACUGAGCCGGCUGUAUUUGACGGAGCAGGAGGACAAAUAUCCGGCGACGCGGGCGGAGACGUCACGUGCGGUCACCUCGGCGGCGGGACGACAAUUUCCGGUGCUAGCCGCCGCGCAGGCCAAGUACACGGGUCAGCUGAACGGCAGCAACAGCCACAGCGCGUCCGAGUUGGAAUUUGUGCCCGGCAAGGAUCUAAUCUCGCUGCCCAGUGUCCAGGCGCCGGCGGAAGCGGAGCCAGCCCGGAAAAUGCCGCUGCACUCGAUCACAGCGAAGCCGAACGAACGCUGCCCCUCGCCGGUGGUGCCGGCCUAUGCCAACUUCGAGCUGGCCAAGCGCAUGCACCAGGACAAUCUGGAUCACCAGCCGCUGCCCGAUUGCGUUGCGGAUCUGGCGUAUCGCCGGGCACAGAUAGGCGGCGCCCAUGGCGGGCUCGCGCUAGACAUUGAUCCGAUUGCGACGGGCGUGGGCAUUAAGACGCACAAUGCGGGACCGACGCACUGCACCAAGAUGAAGGUGUUCCGGCCGAAGACGGGCGGCGUCCUGCCCAAGGCAUUGGCCGGUGACAAUUAUCGCGGCAUUGGCUCGGCGCCCGCCAAGAAAAUGGGCGCCAUGGAUCUGGCCAUUGGCUGGGACUUUAAGCCCAUCAAUCCGGAGGAUGAGCCGCGUCUGGCCAGGCACAUAGACGGCUCCAAUGACUCCGCCGGACCGGCUGUGUUCACGUGCGUGAAGACACCACGCGACGAUCCGCCCGCUGGCGCGGAGCUGGGUCGCUCGGCGGGCGUCUUUACCAGCACCCUGGGCGAGCCGGAUUUCUUUGACAAGGAUCUGCUGCGCCGCAAAUCCGACUUUGCGGGACGCGCCAUCGAGCGCGAGGAGAACUGCGCCUGUGACUAUUCGCCGCCAACACGAGCGCGCAGCGUUUCGCGCGAUUCCAGCGCCUCGCAUUGCCGGCGCGCUCCGGCUUUUGGUGGAGGAGGAGGAGGAACAGGCGGAGGUGUUAGCUUUGGCCUGCCCGCCAAUCGGCUGGCCAAACAGUAUCAGUCGACGCCACUGCUGGGCGACCAGGCGUACCAGGCGCUGCGCGAAAAGUACCUCGGCCCGGACACCGACUCGCCGCAUGGCUGCCAACCGGGUCCCGCCUCCGGCUGCAAGCGGGAUCAGCUGCUGCGCCGGCCGGCGCGACGCCUCUGCCAUAAGGUGGCGCCGGCGCCCAACUGCUGCACCGCCGCCCAUAGCUGUGAUCAUGGUCAUGGCCAUGCUCAUCAUGGUCAUGGACAUUGUCUGACCAGCAAGGCGGCCUUUCGCGCCGGCAUGCCCAGGCUGAAUGCCAGCGGCGAUUUUGUGGGCAUCUCACCUGGCUGUGGCGGUGCCGGCGGUGGUGGUGGUGCUGGUCGCGUUCUGGUCGUGCCACGCCCCCGCCAGCCAUAUGCAAAGAAGAACUAUGACAUCGAUACACUGGUGCCGCCAUUUCGCAGCCAGGGCGGCGGCGCCGGGCAGGGCGGCUAUCCGGAGCACUGGCGUCUGGCCAGCGUCUAUCAGCACGCCUACAAGCCGAUCGAACAGCGCCGGCGACCGCUCCUGCAGACCGUCUACAAGUAGAUCGGGGGCUUCCCAACACCUGUCGAGGAUCUUCCGGGUUCUUUUAUAAACGUCUCCCAGUUUGUCAUCUAGACUCUUUUUUUUAUUGAUGCGGGAAUCUUCAAAUUCCAUUUCCAACUAAAAAAAAAAAACAAAAUGGCGUCCAUAAGUUAGGUUAUGCUAAGGUAUCUUAUCAGAUAGAAUAAUUUGAGCUUUUCCAGAAAGAUAUGAGGAUUUUAGAGCCUAGUCCUCAUAAGGAUCUUAGGGUUCUUCUUAUCUUCUAAUACCAUAAAGAAUCAAAAACAAAAUGGCGUCCAUAAGUUAGGUUAUGUUGAAGUAUAUUGUUAUAAGGACUUUGGUUCAUAAAAUAGUCUUCUAAAAUGUAGGCACUCACAGAAAAGGACCAAGACCUUAAACUAAAAGAAACCUAUUUAUAGCCUUGCAGAGGGUACCUUAUUUUAGAAGAAGAAUAUGUAAGGCAUAGAAGGACAGUUCUAGGACUCCAUAGCGUACAUAUGUAUAUAUACCUGAUCAACAGCCGAGUCUAUAUAGUCUGUCCGCUUCAUAGUCCCUCAGAACGAAUCUUGGGGGAAGUUUUCGUAGGAUCCCAAAUGAAA